GCUCCUGCCUCGCUCCGUGCUUCGCUCCGCGCUCCCGGUGCAGACUCGGACUCUGCCCCACCCGGAGGAUCCCAGAGAUGGCGAAGCACGUGACCUUCUGGACUCUCCUCUGUCUGCUGGAAAUAGCACACCUUCUCUCUUUGCUGUACACAAGAGGCACCGUGACAGCCUUUGCUCCUUUUGAUGCCAGAGCUGAUGCAGAAGCCCUUCGUAAGGCCAUGAAGGGAAUAGGGACUGAUGAAGAAACUGUGCUGACUAUCCUUGCUACCAGAAACAAUGCUCAACGUCAAGAAAUAGCAUCUGCCUUUAAAACCUUAUUUGGCAGGGAUCUUGUGGAUGACCUGAAAUCAGAACUUACUGGCAAGUUUGAAACCUUGAUGGUGUCUCUGAUGAGACCAGCGUAUAUUUUUGAUGCUCAUGCACUGAAGCAUGCCAUCAAGGGAGCAGGAACCAAUGAGAAAGUGUUGACUGAAAUUCUUGCCUCCAGAACACCUGCAGAAGUGCAGAAUAUUAAACAGGUUUAUCAGCAAGAGUAUGAAGCCAACCUGGAGGAUAAGAUCACAGGAGAAACAUCAGGCCAUUUCCAGAGGCUGCUGGUGGUGCUGCUGCAGGCGAACAGAGAUCCUGAUGUUGGAGUUGAUGAGGCUCUUGUUGAGCAGGAUGCUCAGGUUUUGUUCAGAGCUGGAGAGCUGAAGUGGGGAACGGAUGAAGAGAAGUUCAUCACUAUCUUGGGAACCCGCAGCGUUUCCCACUUGAGGAGGGUGUUUGACAAGUACAUGACCAUUUCUGGCUUCCAGAUUGAAGAGACCAUUGACCGGGAGACUUCUGGUGAUUUGGAGAAGCUGCUUCUGGCAGUGGUGAAAUGCAUCCGAAGUGUGCCUGCCUAUUUUGCUGAGACCCUGUAUUAUUCCAUGAAGGGGGCUGGCACUGAUGAUGACACCCUGAUCAGAGUCAUGGUUUCAAGAAGUGAAGUUGAUCUGCUGGAUAUUAGACGAGAAUUCAGAAAGAAUUUUGCAAAAUCAUUGUAUCAGAUGAUUCAGAAAGACACGUCCGGGGACUACAGGAAAGCGCUGCUGCUCCUCUGCGGCGGAGACGACGACUGAGGACACGCAGCACUCCUUGUACCCCAGCUUUGCAGCCCUUCAUUAGCAUGUCUGCCUGAGGUUUUGUAUCUUAAUGCUUUGUGGCUGCUUCAAUUUAUACUAGGAUUGCACUUAGUAAAAAGGAGCGCGUUGUUAUCCCUCUUCUUCCCCGUGUCCCAACUUCCAGGAAUUUCAAGUGCCUUCUGUGAUCUGCGAGAGUCACUUUCGUGGAAGGUGGGUGAUGAGCACAGAACCCAGUUCUUUACAGGUGUUUUGCUGAAAUAAGAAAAAAAUAAUCCUGUAUUUCACAAUAAAUUCACAAUAAUCCUUUUUUGCUUUUAUUCCUUACAUUUCCUCUGAGUGUGAAG